UUCAAUUCAAGAAUAUCAAGGUUGCAUUUCCAAAGUUUCAUUUCAGUAAGGGCGGUUUCCAGUACUGGGAAACCGCUCUUCGCAUUGAAUAAUAGGAAAGUUUCAUUAACUUUUCUUCCAUUUUCUUGAUUUUGACUUUUUUCUUUCCUUUAAUCAUACGUUUUCUUUCUGCAACAAGUUUCUUUUUAUGUCCAUGUUCUUCUUUUUCUUUCUGGGUUUUUGAUCUUAGGAUUUUACCUGAUCAUUCCUCUUUGACUGUGUGUACUUGUAAUUCCUUGCAAUUUGUUUUGUUCAAACUGGAGAAGUUUGAGAACUGUAUGCAUAUAAGAGGAUUAUCAGUUUCAUACUUUGAGUUGGGUUUUUGUGCCCAAUUCAAUAUUCAAAAAGCAGAUUGUUGUUUCCAUUUUGUUCCUAAUCGAAAGAAGAAACGAAAAUGGCUAGAUUUCACCAAUGCUCAUCUCCUCAACCCCGCGAAUGGGUGAAGGGCAAAGUUAUUGGAUCAGGAUCACAUGGUAAUGUUCAUUUGGCCAUGAAUAAAGUCACAGGAGAACUCUUUACUGUAAAGUUUGCACAUUCCAGGAUCGCUGUUCAAUCUUUAGAGAACGAGGCUAACUUCCUGGAGAGUUUCGAUUCGCCAUACAUUGUCCAGUAUCUAGGAAAGAACAUCUCAAAAGGAUCAUCAAAUGAUGAGACUAGUCUGAGUAUUUUCAUGGAGUAUAUGCCUGCAGGCAGUUUAUCAGAUGUUGCGGAGAAAUUUGGCGGAGCAUUAGACGAGGAAGUUAUUCGUUUGUAUACAAGAGAGAUUCUUUGUGGUUUGAAGUGUAUUCAUGAGCAAGGGAUUGUGCAUUGUGAUCUCAAGUGCAAGAAUGUGCUUCUAGGCUCUUCUGGUAAUGUAAAAUUGGCAGAUUUUGGAUGCGCAAAGAGGGUAAAAGACGUGGGAAGGAAUGUGAAUUUAUUGCAUUCCUGGCAGGAUAUUGGAGGCACUCCACUGUGGAUGGCUCCUGAAGUUCUGAGAAAAGAACGAUUGGAUUUCGCUUCGGAUAUAUGGUCCUUGGGAUGCACUGUCAUUGAAAUGGCUACAGGAAAAACUCCUUGGUCUGGUCUGCAGGUUUCGAAUCCAAUGGCUGCAGUGUUAAAGAUCGCGUGCAGCGAUGAGAAGCCUCGAUCUCCAACUCACUUUUCUGAGGAGGGACUAGAUUUCUUGACCAGAUGCUUGGAAAGGAAUCCUGAAAUGAGGUGGAGCGCUGAAGAACUGCUUGACCAUCCAUUUAUUUCUGCCAAAUUGCAGAGGAAAUUCGCGUGCUCACCUGUAAGUGUUUUCGAGGUUGGUAUCUUUGAUGAGGCUUAUGAAUCAGAUGAAUCAGUAAGUCCUAAUGAAGACGAGUUCCGAGGCAGAAAUCCUUUCUCAACAAGGCAUUGCGAGGAAAGGAAGAGAAUAGAAAGGAGGCAGCGGGCUGCAGAUAAUGACUUUGGCUCAUCAGAAGACUGGAUUACUGUUAGAUCAGGUUGAAGAAAAUGUAUAGACUGUCAGUUUUCAAUGUACAGAUUAUGAAAUAAAAUAAGCAGUAUUUUUUUU